UCCCCCUUUCCCCAAAUUCUUGCUUCACUUUCACUUUUGAACGUUCGGAUUCACUCGUUCUUUCUCCUUCUGAGAGCAAACGGCUUUUGUGGGACCCAGCUGAAACGGUUCUCAGCUUCUCAGCUUCUAUAUUUACAUAUAAUCACCUCACUUUCGCUUUGAAACCUUGACAUACCGACAUUGUCUAAAAGACGAACCUACGUGUAAAAGACAACCCAAAUCCAAGCAAAACAAAAAAAAAACAUCGAAAAGAAAGAUGUAUUCCAAAACCCUCAUCCUUGCCCUCCUGGCAACGGCAUCCACCACCGUCGCCGAAUUCGCAAUCAUAACCACUCCCCUCCCCACCAACCUCAACGUCCUCACAGACCUCUCCGCCUACAAAUCCUCCAUCCUCUCCCAAGUCUCAUCCGGCCUCGCCUCUCUAACCGGCGACCCAGCCGCCAUCUCCAGCGCCGCCUCCGCACACAAAGGCCUAGCCUCCUUUGCCGCAACAGCCACCUAUUCGAUUCCUCCCAAAGUAACCGAGAUCGGGGCGCUGGAAACUUUCUCCACGACGCCAGUGUGGUAUAGUGCGCUGCCGACCGAUGUCAAGGCGUACUAUGACGGGUUCAACAAGGAGGUGCAAGGCUUGAUUGAUCAGGCCAUUUUGGGGGAGAGGAGGAAUGAGACCGAGACCCAGUCCGGAGGUAGUCGCCCGACCGGAACGAGUGGUGGCGCGGGUGCGAAGGAGACGGGAGGUGCUGCCGGUGUGCGUAGUGCGGUGGGAGUUAUGGGCGCGGGUAUUGCGGUUGCAGUUGCGGGUGUUUUGGCUUUGUAGGCGGCGGAUGAUGUUAGGGGGUGGGCGUGGAUCAAGGAUCCUCAAUGUCCUUGCAUCGUCAUGACAGGAAGAGGCUUGGGAUGUUAGUGGUAUUUUGAAUGAUGCGGCCU